CACUUGCAUACAUUAGGUAACACCAUCGCUCGCUCUGACAUAACUAGUAUGAAGCAGGUUGAGUUGAGACAUUCGUCAAUAAAGAAAAAGAGAUAAGAGGAAAGAAGUCCCGGGACUAACUUUGUUAUGCUAAACAGCCGCCAGAUCUGGAUGUGUUCUCCGGUGCAACAUGCAAACACUGUGUGUGGGAAAUAUAGGUCUUGUUUCUGAGCGCUCACACGCCCCUUUGAAAGCAACACAGGCAUGUUUUACUCUUAAAACAACGUUUGCAUCGAACUCCAAAUAGGAAGGGAAAAAGCCCGCGCUGCUGUUUAGGAUUGCACAUGCGGACAACAUUUCCACGCGGAUCGUCGAGGAGACUGAAACCAGAUCAUGUUUGACUAUGUGGAAUUUCAAGCUUUCGGUCCCGGAGAAAUCAUGGACUUGUACACCUCCUCCACCCCCAGCCCUGCAUCGUGCAUGCUGCAGGAGCAGGAGCCAGAUUUGGCAGCCUUCUUCCCGGAGCUGAUCGAGGCGGACUGGCAGCAGCACCGGUGCUCCCAAUCCGUUGGAAGCCAUAGCUCCAGCUCCAGUUCAGACGACCUUUUUCCCAGCCCUGCCUCCCCCCCGCCGCCCCCUCGCACUUACAAGCCCUGCUUUGUGUGUCAAGACAAAUCCUCAGGCUACCAUUAUGGCGUCAGCGCCUGCGAGGGCUGCAAGGGCUUCUUCCGCCGCAGCGUGCAGAAGAACAUGGUGUACACCUGCCAUCGAGACCGAAACUGCAUCAUCAACAAGAUCACCAGGAACCGCUGUCAGUACUGUCGGCUGCAGAGGUGCUUUGCAGCGGGAAUGUCCAAGGAGUCAGUGAGAAAUGACAGGAGCACCCGGAAGGGGAAGAAGGAGGCGGUGAAGAUGACCAUCAUGGAGACGUACGAGCUGACGGCGGAGCUCGGCCUGAUCGUGGAGAAGAUCUGCAGAGCUCACAGAGAGACCUUCCCCUCUCUCUGCCAGCUGGGGAAAUACACCACAAACUCCAGCUGCGACCACAGGAUCCAGCUGGACCUCGGACUGUGGGACAAGUUCAGCGAGCUCGCCACCAAGUGCAUCAUCAAGGUGGUGGAGUUUGCCAAGCGAGUGCCUGGAUUCACCGGCCUGACCAUCGCUGACCAGAUCACUCUGCUAAAAACUGCAUGCCUGGACAUCCUGAUCCUGAGGAUUUGCACUCGCUACACUCCGGGCCAGGACACCAUGACCUUCUCCGACGGGCUGACCCUGACCCGCACUCAGAUCCAUAACGCUGGAUUUGGACCGCUGACAGAUCAGGUUUUCACGUUUGCGGGCCAGCUGCUGCCCCUGCAGAUGGACGACACGGAGAGCGGCCUUCUCAGCGCCAUCUGUCUCGUCUCUGGAGACCGACAGGAUCUGGAGGAGCCGUCUAAGGUGGAGGUGCUGCAGGAGCCGCUGCUGGAGGCGCUGAAGAUUUACUCCCGUAAACGGCGGCCCAGCAUGCCCCUGAUGUUCCCUAAAGCCCUCAUGAAGAUCACAGACCUGCGCAGCAUCAGCGCCAAAGGCGCUGAGAGGGUGGUGACUUUAAAGCUGGAGAUCCCGGGCUCCAUGCCGCCCCUGAUCGAGGAGAUGCUGGAGGAUCUGGAGAAAAACUGUGAGGAGAGCAGAGAAGAGCCGAACACCAGCCAGCACACACACACACCGACUGCUCUCAGCACAUGACUUCUUACUCUGAAGUCACUGCAAGAACAUUGGCUCUCGUACUCCCUCCCAGAGAAAAGGCUAACAAUAUAAACUAAAGAUGCAGUCCAGGUGGUUAUAGUGUCUUACCUCAGUUUCACAGAUCGGUUUGCAAACGCUCCACUUGUGUUUGUCUGAAGAAGAGAUUCAGUUGUUACACUAACGACUACGCUGAUGAACGAAGAGCUAAUUUGUGCUUCAAAGGGGGAAAAGAGAAUGAUGCAGUAAUGUAUUCAUUUGUAUCACAUUUUCAUUCUUUUAACCCCUUCUGACAGACACCUCAUAACCACUGGAAAUCACACAGGUUUCUACUGUAUUUAUAUUUGCAUGAGUUAUCACAUGGAUUAAUUUUUACCUCAUUAAGUAACAACGGCUUUGGCUUUAGUGUAGCAAAUUAGUAAACAAAUGGAUUUAAAACACCUUCUUGUUGGUUGUACACGUGUAAAAAGAAAGCUCUGGACUAACUCUCUAAACAUGUUUGAAGAAAACGAGCAGAUUUAUCCGCACAAAAGGGAACAGUUUAAAAGCAAAAACGUUUUUUCUCAGAGUUGAAUGUUCAUAUCUUACAUUAACAAAAAUCACAAAUAUGUGUGUAUAUAUAUAUAUGCCGACUUGAUAUAGGAAAAUACAGAGAACUGCUUAGCUUUGAACAAAACUAAAUAAGCUGAAGAUGGACCUGAGAGCAGAAUGUACUGCUAAUAAAGGAAACACAUGCACAUGAUAGUUUGAGGUUUAUGAAGUUAUUGAAUUUAGUGUUGGAAAUUAGAUCAAAUAUAUUGAGUGAUGGUAUGAUUAAGAAGGUAUUGCAGAUAUUAUUGUAUUAUAAAUAUUGUGCAAUUUGUAGUUUUGAGUUGUAAAAGAGGUUUCUUAAUUUGCUUGUUAACUAUCUAUUUGCACAUGUUUUCCUAAUAUGCUGUGCAUUGAGCUCUCAGUCACCAUAAAAACGACAUAGUUACUACAAAACUGUUUAAGUGAUCAAACAAUUCAAAUCAGCAAAAUGAUUGUAGCACAACAAAAGUUAUAGGUAAAAUAGGAUACAUUGCAUUGUGGGAUUGUCUGCAAUCGCUACACAUGUUUUUUGUGGCAUGUUUUUUGAGCCCUAUAUAAUGCGCUCAUUAUACACUCAGAGUUCAGAGUUUAUUCAAAUAAAACGGCAAAGGGCUCAUGUAGAGCGCUUUAUAUUAAAUUGUGAGUGACGCUGGUACCCUUUGACCCCUCAGUGACUCCAGGACGUCCCUGCCCUCACUCAAGAAAAAGUCCUGCACGCGACCUUUCAAAAAAACACACCUUUUUUGUUUUCACAUCUUAAUUUUGUACACACCUAUUAAAAAGAACAAACUAGACAUUAAUUAUUGAGGUACUGAUUGGUGGAUUUUGGAUUGUCAGGCCCAGACUAGCUGUUUCUCUCUGUUUCCAGUCUUUAUACUGACAGUAACUAAGCUAAGCUUGUGGUAUCAAUCUACUCAACCAACUCUCAGCAAGAAUUAAAUAAAACAUGUUUCCCAAACUGUGUAACUAAUAUUAAGAGCUUUUCGCUCAGUGUUUACGGUGUAACUUUUCCUGGACCACUUUUGGUAAAUGUUUUGGCUGGAGAUCUGCUUAGUUGUUUUACACUAUCAACACCAUUUUAUUCUUUCAAACAUUUCCUAAAUGCAAAGUUUUUGCAGUUAUUGGUUUGACUGGAUAUUGUUCAAAAUGAUGGCGAUCUAAAUCAAUUAUAAAAUAUACUUUGUAUAUACUUUUGAGUUCUAUAUGUGUUCUACAAACCAUUUUUUCCUUUAACACAAACAACAUAUUUUAAAAUGCAUCUGUGUUGGAUAUUGUCUUAUCAUAGAUAGUCAUACAUUAGUUCUGUGCCUAUGUACCUCGGAAUUGAUACUAAUAAAACACUUGCAACAUUA